CAGUGUGAGACUGCGCAUUUGAGCUCUCGAAGCAAAGCAGAGGCACUAAACUGCUCGCGUUCGACUGAGAAAUGGCUUCCUCGAUGGACACAGCCACUUUCUUCUCAAAAGGAACCUCAGAGCAGUACAAAUUUGUACUGAGUUUAUAUACAGACGCCGUACGACUGAAAGCCGAGCUGAAGAAGGUCAAGAAACCCGAGGAACUGAUCAAACUGGACAAAUGGUACCAGAACGAGCUUCCGAAGGUGUUAAAAUCUCGGGGCAAAGACCGCCACUUAAACCACGAAGAACUGGUCCAGGCUAUGAAAUGGAAAUUGGCUAGAGGCAAAUUCUACCCGCAGCUGUCUUACCUAAUCAAAGUGAACACGCCCAAAGCCGUAAUGUCUGAAACAAAGAAAGCUUUCCGAAAGUUGCCAAAUUUGGAGAGCGCCAUCACCGCACUGACCAACCUGAAGGGUGUCGGCACCACAAUGGCCUCUGCCCUUUUGGCUGCUGCUUGCCCAGAAGAGGCACCUUUCAUGGCCGACGAAUGCCUCAUGGCCAUUCCAGACUUUGAAGGCAUUGACUAUACUACUAAAGAGUACUUGAAUUUCGUGCAGCACAUUAAGACAGUCGUGGACAGGCUCAACAAAGAAACAGACCCUCCUCCGGCUGAAGAAGAUGCCUGGACUCCUCACAAAGUAGAGUUGGCUCUCUGGUCACACUACAUUAUCUCCGUGAAUAAGCCUGAACUGUUGGAAGAGGCCCCCAAGAAUGGAAACUCUCAUCAUACAGCUGCCAAUGGAAUAUCCAAAACAGAUGAGUCCAUCUCAGAUGACAGUACACAGGACACAAGCAGCAAGGACUCUCCAGCCCCAACGGGUAUUAUCGUCAGCCCAGAAGACUCGUUACUUGAGGCACCAACCGAAGACUCGAUGGAAGCAAACACGGGCAACGAAGAGUCUAGCAGUCAGGACUUGCCUGAAGAGGCCAAGGAAGAAUCUCAGCCGGCAGCAGGUGCUCCCGCACCAGAGCCAAUCGUGGCCGAAAAGGAGCCAGAGCCGGCCGCCGAGGAGCCUAAACAAGUGCAGCCUGACGAACCUGAAAAGAAGAAAGAGGAGAUGACGACAACCACAACGGAAACAGCCGCCGAGAAGGAGGCUGCCAUCGAUGAGCAGCCAGCGGCGAAGCGGCCCAAAGUUGAUGGAGGCGAAGACUAGGGGCUCUGUGGCAAACACCACGUGUAGUUUCUUUGUUUUGUAUUUAUUAAGAGCAUUACAUUCCAAGCAGGACGCCAGGGCAAGUUGUUCUCACCAUUAGUCCUUGAAUUCAAUAUAAUUUCUCUCAUCCUUAAAAGAGGACUAGAUGUAUAAAAAUUUGGACUAAUUCCUCCUGCAUGCAGUUUGUAUUCUUUUUUAAAUCGGAGUUGUCUAAAUCCAGAAGCACACAAGAUUUGACACUGAAAAUCUGCAUCUUAUGACCAGGGGGUGUUCAAUUGACGAUUAUCAAUACUGGUUGAUUUUGCAUUCUGAACGAUGUAAAAAUGUUGAUUCUGCCACCCUCUGGUGGACUGAUCGAUGCUUCCUUGUCACGCAAGUCUACUCUAGUAGUGGCUUUGGAAAUUGAUGAGUCCCACAAAAAGGUGAUUGAGUCUAUCGAUUUUUGGCACUGGCUUAGACUUUUCUGUAUAAAUUCUAAUUACUGACUACUGAGUUUGAACAGCUUUGGCUCUGUUUUUUUGCGAAUUUAGCUGUCUGAGCGCGACAGCUCGUGGUGCCAAAGAUCUUGAGGUCUCGACGCACCUAAAUUCAAUUGAUGAUUGUCUUUUCGAUUUGAUUCACAUCUUUAUGUCUUGUGUAAAUACCGAGCAUUGGUUCUGCCAACAUCACACACCCACACCAACUCACUCUCAUUCAUCCACUAACACAUCUAGACAUUCAACACACAAACACAUUAGUAAGCCUUGGCAAGGCUGAAGCCCCCAACGAGAGAGUAUUUGCCGCCGCUGCUUCUCCUUAAUUUGUGUCUCCUUAAUGUUAAUUUUCAAACUGUUCUCGACUAGUGAAAGAAAUGGAAAUAAAUAUUUUUCUCUAGCUUGUAAGUUUGUAUGAUUAUGUUAACGAUGAAGAAGAAAGAAAGCCCUCUCCGAUAUGAAAACAACUGGUAGCACUAGCAGAUCAUCACUUCAUGGCCUUAAAAGAGCGCGCGCAGAGAGACUGUUUUUCAGUGUCCGUGAAAUGAGCAAAUACCAUAAUAUAUUGACUUUGCUACGCAUUAUUCACUUGAAUGUGAGAGUAGGAUUAAGUGGAUUAUUUAAAGAAACCAAGACCAACACAAUAAAACAUGCUAUAAUACGCA